GAGUCCAAAUGUGCAGCUUCUGUUUCCAGCCUCUUAUUGAGAUACGAGAAUAUUUGUGAACAUUUGGUGAUGUGAACCUGUGUGAGGAAAUCUGCCCUGGUUAUUACCCGGCAAGUGGCAGGUUGUUAAUGGAGAGCUGGUCGAAUGACAGCUGGGACUGUCGUGAUUACAGGUGGAAUAUUGGCUACAGUUAUCCUGCUCUGUAUAAUCAUUGUGUUGUGUUAUUGCCGCCUGCAGUAUUAUUGCUGCAAGAGGGAGGAAUGGGAUGGAGAUGAGGAGGAACCAGAUUUUGCAGUGCACUCUCGCCUGCCAACUGCAUACUACAGCUACAGUGCUGGAAAUGGCCUUAACUUCAGUUCUAUAGCCUACCCCCAGGAUUACUCUCACCCCAGAGCUCUCUGCUUCCAUUGCAAGCCCCGCUUCCAGGUCCACCAGCUUGAAGACAUUCAGAAUGGGGGUGAGAGUGUGAGUUAUAAUACUGUGAGUGAGGAAGAAUUAGAAAUGUUGACAAGUCCUGAGGAGCUGCCCAUGAGCAGAGCAAAACUCACAAGAGAGGCUUUUAGCAGAAGUCGAAGUAUUAGCACUGAUGUGUGAAGAUGUUUGUUAUUCAAGAGUUUAUACAACAGUAUUGUCAAUAUAAAGAGGUCACUACUUUCCGUGUGCCAUGGGGAAAUGGACAAAAUCAUUGAAUGCAAUUCCCAAAGCAGCUUUAAAAUGCUCUCAAUCCAAACAAUAGAAACAGAAUGUACUGGGUCACUGGAUAAGCAGUACUCUGAACUUAAGAAGGAACAGAGUGAAAUUGACAGAAGAAUCAUUUUAUGUCUUAAUUCAAUCUUUGAAUGGAUGAGAUCUGUUUGAUAUGAUCUUUUUAUGUUUGUUCCACUCCUAUUUCUCAUGUUCUUAUUAAGUGGAAGCUUUGAAGUGGCCUGAUCAAUUGUAAAAUGCUAUUUUUUAUUGAGUAUGGCGGUGGCUAAUGUGAAUGAAUGUUUUCUAUGCAUGAUCUAAUGAUGUGACAGGAGUUAAGGUCUGUUUGCUGAUGGGUGCUGGGUCGGGGGUAACUGACUAGCAACAUUGUUAAUGGUUUGGUUUUCAGAUACUUGCCUUGGAUUGGUUCUUAUUGUUCAAGUCAAGUGAAUAAACUAAGAAAUUAGUGACCUAGAAGUAAAUUACACAUCAGUAGCUGUCACCUUCAUCAGAUUUGGAUUCACAGGAAUAAUUUUGUUUUCUUUUUUGGGAAAUGUUUUGCAAUUUAGAGAUUUCCUGGAGGAAACUGAGAAACAGGCAGAAACAAAGAAAUAGAGGUUAUAGGUGCAGGAGCAGGCCAUUUGGCCCUUCAAGCCUGUUCCAAUAUUCAUUUUGAUCAGGGCUGAUUAUCCAACUUAGAACCCAUUGCUAUUUUCUCCCCAUACCUUUGAUCCCUUUAGCCCUAAGAACUAUAUCGACCUCCUUCUUGAAAACAUUCAAUAUUUUGCUUCAACUGCCUUUUGUGGCAGAGAAUUCCACAGCCUCACCACUUGCUGGGUGAAGACAUGUUUCUUCAUCUCAGUCCUGAAUGGGCUAUUCUGUAUACUUAAACUGUGACCCUUGGUUCUGGAUUCCAGUUAUCAGAAACAUCCUUACCACAUUUACAAGCCCCAACAUUCCAAUACUAUCAAUACACUGCCUGGAUCUCAUUGAAAAUAUUCUGAAAGUCCCAGUAAACCAUGUCCACUGGACCCCUAUUAUCAACUCUACUAGUUUCAUUCUCAAAAACAUCUAUCUAGAUUUGGCAUACAUGAUUUCCCUUUCGUAAAUCCACAUUGGCUUUAUCUAAUCUGUCACUGUUUUCCAAGUGGUCUGCUAUUAAAUAUUUUAUAACAGACUCCAGUGUUUUCACAUUACCAAUGUCAGACUGACCAGUUUAUAAUUCCCAGUUUUCUCUCUGCCAUCUUUUUUAAAUAGUGGGUGUGACAAUUUUCCUCAUUAGCCAUUGAUAGGCCACCAUUCUUGAUUUAUUUUUCUGCCAGAAUGGAAUGGAUAGUUGUUGUAGUUUGCCCAAACACUCUUUAAAUAUUUGCUCUUGCGUAUCCACCAUCAUUCCUUUGAGUAAUGUUCCAUAAUUUAUCAUAGACACCUGUGCCUCACACCAUCAUAGUUUCCUUUAUUUAGAUUCAGCACCCUCAACUGAGAAUCAACUAUGUCACUCUCCAUCUUAGUGAAGAAUUCCAUCACACAGUUACUCUUGCCCAAGAGUCCACGCACAGCUAGAUUUCCAAUUAUUCCUUUCUCAUUGUGGCAAAAUAACUGCUCAAAAUAAAAAUUGUUCACUAACUUGUUCAAAUCUAAAUGUAUUUUCACUUCUUUAAUUCUGAAUUUUUCUCUGUGUGAUAUUCAGAAUUCCUUUGAAUUUGAAACUGUUUGACUCUCUAAACUCCUCUGAACAAGUUCAAGGAACUUACAAAUAUCUUGGUCACGAAGAUUGAGACUGUCUAAUCAGCUAUCACUGCCAUACCUCACCCCGUCCCAUUAACCAGGAUGAAGUUUCAUUAAAGAUUUUCUGUCGCUUUUCUCAUAUCUUCCCCAUGCCUUUAUGAGUUCAUCUAGUUCAUGAAACCCACCUCCUGCUCUAUUAUCUUUCUUCCAAAAACCUGCUGGCUAUCCAACUUCUUCUCCUGACCCCUAUGUUCACAGAUCUAAUUAAGGGUUUCCUCUCCUUGGGCAAUACCCCUUAAGCCUUCAUCACCCAGAACCUCAAAAGUGCUGGUCUGUACAUUACUGAAAGAAUGCUUCAUUUCCAACCUUCUUUUCCUCUCAAAAGUCUUUCAAAAACACUUCCUUUCCUCUACUCCAAGACUUCAGCAACAACCACCUGCACCUUCCACAUGGUGCUGCUGUUCACAGAGGCCAGCAGCUUCAGUAAUACUGGGACAUCCCUGUCCCGGGAACUCUGGGCGAAGAAGCCUACUGGCACCGAAGUGCAUAACUGGAACUUAGUCUGGUGGCCUUCACUGUAGGAUGCGGUGGCACAUGUCUGACUCCUAAAGAUGCACACCCCGCACACAAGCAAUCAACAGGAAAAUCUCACUCUUCAAUUCAAGCUUUCUUAUUUCGAGCUCUCUUUUCCUUCCUUUGACCUUUUUGAACUGCAGCCACCAGGCACUUGCAGUUAUUUACAAGUCCACAAUUAGUGCCAUUUAUUUUCUCAAGGAAGGAGAGGAGAAUUAGAAAUAGCAUAUAAAUUAGGCAACUUGGGCUAGUAGUGAUAAGCAACUGCAUGCAAUUAAGUAGUCAUUGUUCAAUAGUUAGAUUCUGAAGUCACUGUUUACACCUUCAGAGUAAAAUUGAGGAAUAUCUCUUCUGUUUAUUAUCAGACAAUUUACACAAUCUCCCCUGAUUGGCCACAUGAUGGAAUGGAAAAACUCACCCAUUGUGUCAAGUUUUGGGCACCACUCUCGAGGAAGGAUAUAAAGGUAUUAGAGAGGGUGUAGAAAAGAUUAAAGAGUAUAGACCCAGGGAUGAUGAACAUCAGUAGAGUACAGAAGAUUCGAUAGAGAUACUUGAAAUGUUAAGGGAGAGGAAAUAGAGGAAACACAUUUUCCAUUGGUCAAAGGAUCAAGCAGCAGAGGACAUUGAUCAAAGUGAUUAGCAAAUGAAACCACAGUGACAUGAGAUUUUUUUUAAUGUAACAACAUGAUACUGCUUGAGUGAGGAGAAGAUGGAUGCAAUCAUGCUUUCAAAAGAAAACUGUAUAAGUAUCUGAUGAGAAAAGAUUGAGGAGCUUAAAGUUUUCGCAAAGAUCUGCAGCUGGGGUUGUGGGUGAGGUUGUUGACUUGCUUUCUGAGCUGGCUGGUUUUUGUUCAGAUGUUUUGUCACCAUGCUAGGUGACAUCAUCAGUGAGGCUUCUGAUGAAGUGAUGUUGUUCUACUCCACUUGGAAUUUAUACUGUCCGGUCCAUUAUGGUGAGUAGUGUCGUUUCCAGUUUUGAUAUGUAUGGGUUUGUAUUUCUAAAUUCUAUGUGUUUGUUGAUUGCAUUAUGGGUUGAAAACCAUGCCUCUAGGAAUUCCUGUGCAUGUCUAUGUUUGGCCUGGGCUACUUUGACAACUGGGACAAUGUAACCAUUGUUACGGACCAGAUAGUAUAAGUUCUAAGCAUAAUAGAACAACAUUGCUUAAUUCGGAGGCUUCACUGAUAAUGUCACCUGCCAUGGUGACGAAAUGUCUGAAUGAAAACUAAUCAGCUCAGCGAGCGAGUCAACAACCUCAUAUUGUGGAGCUACUGUGAGAAGAAGAGGCAGGAGUGGAACUAGUUGUUGCCCUUCGCAGAGAUCUGGCAGGGACAUGAUUGCCCAAACAGUUGCCUGUUCUGUAACCAUUCUUUGGUUCAAUCAAAAUGGACUAGAAGCUAAUUUUGCAAUGUGUUGCAUAUCAUCACAUUCAUUCUUAGCAAAGGUCAAGAAAACAAAGAAGAAAGAUUAAAGUCACACAAGUACCAUCAUGGGCUGAAAAGAAUGCCCUUCAUUUUACCAAUGUUGAGCUGUAGAUGAUUUUUGGCAGGAUUGCCCCAGCAGUCAUUGGUUGUGGUGGAGGUGGGGUUGUGUGUCUUGAUGUCAUGUUUAAAAUCAACACAAACCCAUCAGCUUACAUCGAAUAUGUUUGCAGCUAACUCCAAUAUGUCAGUGUUUAUUUGGAUCCUUCCUACCUAAUAACAUACUAUUUUUAUUGGAAAGACUCAGCACAUCUGGCAGCAUGUGAAGGAGAAAACAGGGUUAAUG